AUGAACGUUGAUGGGUCCAGCAACAGCACGGACGACGAAGCUUCCAAGCAACCUGGUGGUACAAGCGGCACCGGGACUCCAGGCAUUGCUUCCGAGAAACCUGCUGGCGCAGCUGCGGAAUCAGUCAAUGAAACCAGUGAAGCCGGUCAGUCGGAUCAGGGAUCGAAACCGGUACCACAAGCGGCCACAGGGGGGCCGGCCGACAUGGCAUCUGCCGGCCAUCCGGUUUCCGCUCAGGUCGUUUUUUACGAUCAGCCGACCUUCCCCGGCCAUUUCUACGUGGCGGAUUGCCGCAGGUGGAUGAGCGUGGUGCGCGGAGGAGUAGAGGACGGUUCAGAUGGGUCGGAAGGGCUAGACGAGGAAGGCCUAGGAGGUCCGGGUGGCAAGGGAUCGGAGAAGUCGGCAGCGAACGCGGCGAAUGCAGCGAAUGGUGCGGUUACCACUUCGCCGAGCGAUGCGGGGCGGGUGGGCGUGUGGCUGCGAUCGUUCUGGGCCACUUCGGGCCACAUCGAACCCCCCAGGACGCAGAGAGCCAAGUCGCGCGGAUACAGCGUUCCCUUCCACAAGCUCAACAUGGCUCACGCCCUCGCCACUGCCUCUACAUCCCUUGCAACCGCUUCAAACACCCUCGGAUCUGCCACCACCUCUAUAGGAACGGGUUCGCCUGCUGUCAUUUCGACUGCCCUUGCGCGCAUGUUCUUCCUUGGGAAAGCAACACCCAAGCCCAGCAAGGACGCUGACCUCUGUGCAAACACAGUCCCUUCAGAUGCAGAGGGACUCCCCAACCUUAUCCAUGUCAACUCGUCUAUUCACGUCAACUCAGCAGACGCAUCUGCAGUGAAAAGCACGCAAGACAACUCCGGAAAGGCAGCAGCCCAACCAGGGGCUUCACAGGGGGAGGUGAUUCAGGGAGGGUUGGUCCAGGGGAAGGCAGAACCGGGGCAGGAUGCAACUGGUCCAGAUUCACUGCAUCAGAAGCUUCUGGGGACGACUUUGCAGGAGAGUGCGAAGCAGGGUAAGGCAGUGGAGGGUUUGGGAGGGGCAGAUGCAGCUGUAGCGACUGCUGAGGCUGCGAAAGAGAGGGCUGCUAUAUUGGGGGCGGUGUUGGGGUUGAAGGGCGGGGAUAUGAAGCAGGAGGUGAUUUUAGAGGGGGAGAUUGUAGAGGAGGGCGAGGAUUCUGCAGCGUUGGAUUCUGUGGGGCACGUUGGGCGGCUGAGUUUGGCUGUAGCGAACCAGAUUGCAGCUGCACCGGUGGCGCUGCUGCUGCUGUUGCAGGAAGCCGGGGUGGUUACCAUCUCUCUGGUUACUUCCACUGGCCGGGCGGCGACUGCUGCUCUGAAGAGCAACUCUGCCACGUGGCAGUGCAUGAUUCGCAGGCAGCGGCUGAUCGCGUCCCUCCGUGCUGCCCUCCAAUCAGCGUCCUUCUUUUCAAAUGAGGGCGUUCUUGCUGAAGUGCAUGGUAAUGCUGCUGCCACUGCCACAGCUACUUGUAGUGAUCCCCCUGACCCGCCCGCUCAGCCUGUGAAAGGCGCAUCCUUAAAGGCUUCCCUAUCCUCAGCCUCAGACCCUCCUGAAACGUAUCAGCCAGCUGCUCUCAAUCACCACCCUUGCUUUCCCACAGGAACAUACCCUGCAAAAGUGGCUCACUUUCCUCCCAAGACCCCCGACCUGGCCCGAAACGCAUCCGGAAAACCCAAACUUCCGCUCUAUUCUGCCAUGGACCUCCACACUGCGCAGCACCGCAUUGCAUCCCCUCUCACCUCUCUCCUGCUGGACCAUACCCUUGGCCUCCUCUUCUCCCUCCUCCUCCUCUUCUUCUUCCAAUCAGUAGCAUCCGCCCUCUCCUCCCUCUUCCAACUUCUGACCAAUCACGUGCUCCGGACCAGCAUAGUGCUAUUAAUCUCCCAGCCCAUCGGACUGAAACUCAACGACGAGCUCACAGCCGCGUUCGGCGCCCUGUCCUGGCAGGCGCUGCAGGCUUGGGCUAGCUUCGGCAACGCAUAUGGCUCGGUUCUGCCGUACCUAGCGGUGCUUGUGGUUGGUUCGGCGGGGCUGUUCCUGGGAAUGUCCGCUGCGGUGGGGGUUAUUGCUGACCUGGUGCUGCUGUCGAACCUCCAGCUGGCGCUCGUUCAUUGGUGCUUGGCACCCAUGUAUCGCAUGCAGCUCAAUGCUGUCAUUGCCCUCUGGCGCCUCUUCAAGUGA